CCCGACUUUUUCCUGUUACGACUCUUGAUGGCGCCAUUUUUUCCCUUCCGCUUCAAUUUUUUCGAGUGCGGUCCCAAAGUUGUCGCUCAUCUUAAGCUCACAGUGCUGAAGAAAAUUCGCUUCACCCAUUCUAUACAAGUGAGGGGUGUUAGCCAAUAUCUAGUUGCCAAGAAGACAAUACAUACAGACUCUUCAUAUUUCUGCCCAACACGGCGGCGUUUGUUCUUUUUCGUGCCGCUGCAAAUCUGCCAGCUCGUCAAACGUGACCAUCAGAAGAACGGGGGAAGAAUUUGUCCAGAGAGUGCGCGCGAGUUGAAUUGUCCAGUAUGGGGCUUUCCUAUUUCAUUGUUCUUGUUCGCACGGACAUCAGCAACAUGCAAUCCGACCGAACCUGGCUGGUUCGGCGAUCGCUGCUUUUGCUCAUUCCCUCUUUGCUCGUUGCUGCUGGCCUUUGGAAGCUUGAUUUUUCUUUCAAUCCCAUGAUGCCAUAGCCUUUACUUUUUCGUGCCAGCUCCGCAGGCAAAUUCACUAGUCUGAUGGCGAAUUUGGGACUCAAUGAUGGGCAGUUGUGACGUGGCUCCGCCCUUCCCGUCCUACCCGGUAGCGCUACAUCUGACAGCGAUUCUUCUGUCCUAUUUUUCGUAUCAUGUUGUUUACAAGCUAUCAUCGGCCUAACAGGGCGUUAAUGCUGCGAUGAUUGCUAUUUUUUUCUUGUUCCUUCUGCGUUUUCUCCAUUACUCCCGAUGCUCCAAGGUUCCUCGAGUAAUAGAGAUUGUAUAUGUACGCGAAAAAUUGCUUUUUCCAUUACAU